CAAAGGACAUCAUCUCUGGACCAUCAUGAACACCACCACACACCACCACCACCAACCCUCGCAUGCAGAAAGGUUCUUUGUCUCGACCACACAAGAUCAACUGGAAUCAGUCGAAUGAAACGAACCUCAAAAGUCCACGAACCAUGACCUAGUUGUAAUUGCCUCCCCCCUCCACAGUCCACAGUCCACACCCCCUGGUGGCAAACCCAGACCACCUGCGACGCCAGCCUCCCUCACCAUCGCCGGAACCCACUGGCGCCAAACUGGUGGAAACAAUAGUGAGUUAGUGAGUUAGUGAGUUAUAAUCCCCUGGCCCCAACACCCACCACAAACUCCUCCCGAGUCCACUUUCUGUCAGAUGGAAAAUGGAUCAUGGCCCCCCUUCCCUCAGCCUCCUCUCCUCUCAUUUCUGGUUUAGAUCGUGCCGGUCUUCUAGCAGCAGCCACAGAAACAGCAGCAGCAGCAAGAUGGAUGAAGGGUUCUUAUCAACCCAGGCAAUUUACCCGAAUUUGACAUCUCACAUUUCCCCACGUUCACUUUCUCCAACCCGAUGGAACUGCACGAAUGAACAAGGGGGAAAGGGUGCCUAGGGUUCCUUGUGAACGCCAGCCCUUUCCCACGGUGCAUCGAUCGAUCAUCCCGCGAUCGGCUCUUGUCCUUGUCACAGCGUGGCAUGCCCGAGGCGGGUCAAAGUGUCAAUCGACCACUGCUGGAUGACCAUCUGGACAGACACGAAAAUAUGUAGGAGGAUUCGGAUUCGUGUCAUUGCGUAGGGCAACCCUGACUCAGAUGUUGUGUAUACGUUGCUUUACACGUAGUAGACAUACCCACCAUGUUUCCGGCCGCCAGCACCCAAACCUCGUGAUUCAAGGGAAAAUUAAAACAGGGAGGGAAGACUACUAAGUGUAAAUGCACGGGAU